AUGUUUUCUUCAUCGAAUGGUAGCAAAAAACCGGCACAACAGGAGAUGGUCCAAGUUGAGAGAUCUGAAUCCGCAUCCCCGUUUUGGAGAGGACGAAGUUCUGGCCAUCGGGAUGCCUCCCCAAAGAAAAUACAACCACAAGCUGGAAUCGUAGUGGGCGCUUCAUACUCGCACACCGAUAUCUUAAAGAUUGACAAUUUGAACCUAUCUUCGAAUUCUACCCGGCCACGGACACCACCUACAUCUACAUCCCAGAAAACCCGCAGCGAUACUCCGCCGCUCAACAGAGGAGCUUCUGGUCUAUCCUCUCCGCCGCGGCGAACAUAUACAGACUUUUUAUCCCACACGAAUAAUGAUUGGAAAAUGGCAGCGGAUGACGACGAGGAUGAGGAUGAUUAUUAUAAUGAUGACGGCGACGAUUUUGGGUUACCAAGUAUGUCAAGUAUGAAACGUAAAACAAAGAAGAAGUCGAUGGGUGGUAGCUUGGAGGCUGGAAGUGGCACCACACCAUUUGGCUCAGCUUUACAGGGAGGAUUUGGAGGAUUUGGUCCCAGGCGUAUGUCGAACAGUGCAGAUAUUGCAAUAGAGAGACCUGCGCCAAGUUAUCCUGUGGCCAAGAAAAGCGAAGGGAAGAUCUUGAGGCCUCAAUACAAAGAGAUAUUGAGAGACCCUGCAAAUUCUUUACAUCUCAUCAACCAUCCUCCGAUACCACUAGGCGCCACGUCUAAGGAAAUUGAUGUACAUGGCGCGCGGAUCUCCCGAAUCAACAAGUUCAAGCGAAUCUUGCAAGCCACGUCAAUAUCAUUAACGGAUCUACGUUCUGCUGCGUGGUCUGGUGUGCCCGAAGAAGUUCGAGCUAUGACAUGGCAAUUGCUCCUAGGCUAUCUGCCCACAAGCAGUGAGAGACGAGUUAGCACACUUGAAAGAAAAAGAAAAGAGUAUCUGGACGGUGUCCGACAAGCUUUCGAGAGAGGGGGCAAUUCCACCCCUGCAGGUAAAAUCAGAGGCCUAGAUGAAGCAGUUUGGCAUCAAAUUAGCAUUGACGUCCCUCGAACAAAUCCUCACUUAGAGUUAUAUGGAUAUGAAGCGACGCAGCGGUCUUUAGAACGAAUAUUAUAUGUAUGGGCAGUGCGGCAUCCCGCAAGCGGCUAUGUCCAGGGGAUUAAUGACCUGGUAACGCCAUUUUGGCAAGUCUUCCUCGCGAGUUACAUAACAGAUUCAGAUGUGGAAAGUGGAAUGGAUCCAGGCCAGCUACCCAAAGCAGUUCUUGAUGCCGUUGAAGCAGAUUCGUUUUGGUGUCUAACCAAGCUUUUGGAUGGCAUCCAGGAUAACUAUAUAUUUGCUCAGCCAGGAAUACAACGGCAGGUCGCAGCUCUCCAUGAUCUUACGGCACGUAUUGACCAAGCUCUGGCGAAGCAUCUUGAGCAGGAAGGUGUUGAGUUCAUACAGUUCAGCUUCCGCUGGAUGAAUUGCCUGCUCAUGCGAGAAAUAAGUGUUCAAAACACCAUCAGAAUGUGGGACACCUACAUGGCCGAGGAGCAAGGCUUUUCUGAAUUCCACCUAUAUGUUUGUGUUGCCUUCCUUGUAAAAUGGUCGGACAAGCUACGGAAAAUGGAUUUUCAAGAAGUAAUGAUGUUCUUACAAGCCCUCCCAACCCGAGAUUGGACUGAAAAGGACAUCGAGCUUCUGCUUAGCGAAGCUUUCAUUUGGCAGUCCCUGUUUAAGGGCUCAGCUUCUCACCUGAGAGGCGGUUCAGAUAAAACUCCUUCGAACACUUCUAUUGGUACCUGA